CGCUAAGUGUAAAAGGAAAUAGACAGUCAUGGUAAUCUCUACUUCCCCAUUUUUGGACUGACGCCACGCCAUUCUAGACGCGGAGUAUGAGGGGGUUCGUGUCGUGGUGGGAUGUUGGCAGUUGCUGAAUGGGAUUUGGACAUCUCACCGAGUGCGACGUGAACACCGUUCCUCUAUGUGACAGCCUUGAACGCGGCAUGUGAUACAGAAAGUCACACUUGACCGUGACCUACAUCCUUUGGGUUGUCAUGGAAACCUUGGGAGGAAGCAUGUCGUCAGCUAUUGAGUGUAACCUGUACCGCAGCAUCCAGGCCAUCCUGAGGGAACUGGACGCUCCUGCCCAGGGAGCCGCCGCCUGCAACAGGGGGAUGCUGCGAUGGACUUUACACAAGAGGAUUGAGAACAGCCCGUCUGACUGUUUGUCCUUGUUGAAGGUUCUAAUCAAGGAGCUGGAGAAGGUGGAGAGAGUGGACUACAAGACAAGGAUCAUUCCCCUGCUGCAUAUUCUGGCCUACGUAGUUCUGCAGUCGGCCCAUAUUCCAGAGGACGUGUAUGAGAGGAUGUAUGUGUCCAUCAAGAAGCUGAUCACACUACCGGAGCCGUACUGCACUGUCAGCCUGGCCUACGCACGCAUCAUGAAGAUGGAGAUGGCCACACCAGGCCUGCUGUACCAGAGGCGACUAAUAGCGGAGCAGAGCUUGAAGAACGACAGCUACACCCUGCAGGAAAGGGUGUUUGUGUUUGCGGACCCGAUUGUUUUCCCAGAAGCCCUAGUGUCGGCCGUGCGGGCGGACGUGGAGUUCACCACCCCAAACUGUGGUACGGACAGCCUCAUGCAGCGUGUGUUGCUGCACAGCCUACAGGCCACACUGGGCAAACACUGUCACGGACCCAGGCUCGCCAAGGCACUGGAGGCCUGUGGGCCGAGAGUGAGAGGGUACUUCCAGGAAGUGGUCUCUGCUGUGGAGGAGAGCCUGGAGGCUGCCGCAGGCGAGCCGAGCCCCCUCCACCCCCAGCUCCAGCACCUAUACACAGACAUCAUGGCGGACGCUAAGCAAGACCCAUCAUCCUCAGGAGACGUGUGUGGAGUACCGCUGCCCUGCCCUGAGAUCACUUUCAAUAGCUGGAGACAGGAGGAACAGAUAUGGAACGAGCUGGUGAACUUUGCCCUGAUGAUCACGCCGUCGUGCGAGCGCAGCUUUGACGAGGACGACCUGGAGGAACGGCGGGGCUCCGUCAUGUCCAACGACAGCGGCAUCGAGGGGGACCUGCCGCUGGCGGAGCUCUCCACCCUGGGACUCGACACACCUGCCGGUAGGCCUGGCACCAUCAACAAUAAUGGUGGUGGUGGUGGUGGUGGUGGUGGAGUAAUGGUGGGGCCCCCGGACAGCUACAAGGAGCAGCGCCGCAACUCUCCGCAGUUCUUCCGCUGGAACUGUGUGCGGAGGAUGAAGGUGGCGGACCGCAUGGCGCUGGUUAGGGAGUCGGUGCGGGUCAGCAGCCGGAGCGACCCGUUCCCCCGCGAGGAGAGGAACCUGGUGGGCCGCGUGCUGGUCAUGGGCGACGACCGGGCCCUCGGCAGGCUGGCCAAGGCCUACCUCUCCAUACGCAAAAGGGAGUCCAAGCAUCUUCUCCUGACCAAGCGACUUAACCUAGAGAUGUAUUACAUUCCAGUGAGCAACGAACCCCCACUCGCCUCGUCGGGGGAGGAGAUGACCACAGGACAGGAGAGUAAGAUGACCCUAGCCAGGUUUCUGGGUAGUGUUGAUCCAUGGUACGACUGCAAUAUCAACAGCUUAGGCCCAAUGAUGCUUAAACUGGCAAAUAUGUCAAAAAACAGCAGAGGACCGCCAGAGCCGAGCCCGUUUCUAGCAGACAUCAUCUCCUACUACAUCCGCACAGCCUUCCAGACCGUCCACCUCCCCAUAUACGCCAUAAAGAUCACCUUCUCCAAGCUGAACGCUGCCCCAGUGGAAGAUGUCUUUGUCUCACACGUACAGAUGGACUUUCCUGAGUUUAAAUCUCUUAGGGCCUCCAUGAAAGGGUCAUUGCGACACAAGAGAGCUACAAUGCUAUUCAGUGGUGCUGCGGUUGCGGUGAACUACACUAAAGCCACCCUGAGCAAGCGAGAGGUGGACACAGGGAUCACGCUCCGGACGUGUGAUGUUGCCAUCAGUGUUGCUCCUCCCAGUGAUGCCAAAGAUCUCAACGGUUUCUCUGUGGCCUUCAAUGAUCUGAUUCCCAGGCCAUGCAGUGCGUCUGCAAUCAGAGCAAUUAACCUGAAGAUCCAGGUGUUGGAGAAACGACCCCUCACACUGUGCCUGGACAAGGACUCCCGUAGACUCUUCAGUGAUGUCCAGAGUGUGGAGAUUGCGCCGUGUCUGGAUCCAGGGUACUGCCUUCAGAGAAACACCAAGUCCAAGCACACGCUGGAGGAGGAGAAGGAGACAGCGCUGAGCAAGUACAUGAGCCGAACUCUGACCCUUCCCAUCAACACCUUCUCCGGGGUCGUGCACUGA